CUUCGAGUUUAUAGGUCGGUACAACGUUGUACCAUGACUUAACAAAAAGAGACUUAGUGAUUUUGAAUUUAGUGAAAAAAAAUGUUUUUAAAGUCUAGAAGAAUCUAUUUAACAACAGCAGGAUUGUUGCUCUUCUUGCCUCUGUUGAUCUCCAGUAGAUUAUCCUCUCAGGAGUCCUGUAAUCUAGGCUUCGUGUACUGCUCCUCAGUACAGAAAUGUCUACCAAGCUUCUGUAUGGAGAAGAAGGUUGACGGUACAUGUGCAGGAGAGAGUAUUGACUGCUCCAAGGACACUUGUCUACUCAACUCAUGCCUAGAGUUUAUAACUCCUCGACCAAACCUAGAACCUAGGGUACCCCCAGAUAACAAGGUGGAGGGAGGGCAGUUUGACUCUGAGACCAUGAGGGAGGAAGGGCAGGCCAACCCUGACACCAUGAGGGAUGAAGGGCAGAUUGACUCGGACACCAUGAAGAAGGAAGGGCAGGCCAACCAUGAUACCAUGAGGGAGAAAGGGCAGAUCGACUCCGAGACCAUUAAAGAGGAAGUGCAGGCCAACCCUGAUACCAUGAGGGAGGAAGGGCAGAAGGACUCUGAGAUAAGGAGGGAGAGACGGCAGACUGAAUGCAAGCUCGGAGAAGAAUGGUGUCAGCCUCUGCUUGAGUGCUUGAAGGAAGGAGAAUGUAUUAUCCAGGUUUGUGAUGAGGAGAAUGAUGAGUACUGGUGUGUAAACCAAAAUAAAUGCACUUCAAGACUUAAAUGUUCGAAGAAGAAGGAUGCUCUCAACCGAACCGAAAUCAAGGAGAUAUUCAUCCCAGUGGACCCGGAGUUAGAAGGACGGAUGUGUCCUCAAGGACAAGUUUAUUGUCUAGAACUAGGAGAAUGUUCUCCAAGCUGUGGUGUAUGGGUUGGAGAUGAAGACGAUGAAGAUGAACCAGGUAUAAUCAAAUGUCAGGCUGGAGAAAUUUACUGUAUCCAGACCCAAAGAUGCUCCUCGGACUGCAGGGUAGAGGACUGGGAUGAUGAUGAGGAUGAGGAUGAAUAUUUCUCCAAUAUAGUUUCUUGUCCGCCAGGUAUGAUUUACUGUAUGCAGUACAAAACCUGUAUAUUUGAUGACCAGAGGAAAGAGGAUGGUCUGAACAACGAUGAUGAAGAUGAUGAAGAUGAUGAACUUGAGUGUCCUCAUGGAACAGUUUACUGCUUCAAAUCGCAGAACUGUGAAGAGAACUGUGAAAGACCAGGACGAGCAUUAGAAGAAGAGGACGACGAUGAAGGUUUCUGGAGGACAUGUCCUGCCGGACAGUCCUACUGCCUGGCAGUUCAAGCAUGUGUUACCAACUGUGACUUCUUUAAUCACCAAGAUGAGGAGAAGGAAGAAAACGAGAGAUGCCCAUUUGGAACAGUUUAUUGCCUGGAUAUAGGACGAUGUGUACCUGAAGGACUGGGCUGUAUUAAUGCAACCCUGGAGGAACAAGAUCUUGGAACAUGUCCACUUGGUCUUCUCAGGUGUGGAACGACGUGUGCUGAAGAUUGUUGCAAUGAGGAAAUAUCCCCCCUAACCCAACCUGAUUUCUCAACAUGCAUUCUUUCAAAUCAUUGUUCACAAAAUCAAAGUUGCUGUAAAACAGAAGGGUCUAGAUAUUGUACAUCAAGCAACAUUUCAUCAGAAGAAACAUAUUUUACUCAGCUAGAGAAUACUUGCUCCAGGAUACCUCCAGACCUGCUCACAGUGCAGAUGUGUCCUGAGACCCCUUCUAGUUGUCCACCUCUAUCUUUAUGUUGUGGAGGAGAGUGUAGAGGUAUUCCACUACCUCCACCUGGACCAGGUUCAGGUUCAGGAGAGGACGGAAUAACCGGCUCUGCAGGAUGCAGGAGAGGAUUAGAAUAUUGUGAAACCUUGAAUUCGUGUGUUGACCCACUGGCUUGGAAUUGUAGUGUAUCCUGUGGUCCCGGAUUAACUAUCUGUUCAGAAGGCUCUACACAAAUAUGUUCCCCACCAGGCACUUCAUGCACAGGAAAUACAAGUGCUUGGACGGUUUGGAUGUUCCCCGAACCCAAUGUUCUCUCUCAUAAACCUGUUCAAACAGCUCUCUACCAACUCGGAGAAAAUUUUAAAAAAGUUGCCAAAAACCAGGUUUACACUGUGUUAAACCUAUCUACUCCGGAUAGCAGCAGUAGCUGGGAGUAUGGAACCCCGGAGACAGGAUGGAGUAAACUACAACCCGGAGUAAACCUCACUUCUAAAUCCUUUCUCCAGCUCCAGCUCUUGAACAGUUCUGCUCCGGGUGUAGGCUUUCUUAAUCUUCUUGAGAAUCCAAGUGGUAUUGAGAGGCGGAUUCUACAGACAAUACUACCGGAUCUAUCCCCUCCUCUUGUAAACAUACCAACAAGUGGAUUAGAUGUAGAUGAGGAUACACAUAAACCCAUCAGUAUCUCCAGGAAGAUGAAGGUCAAUGAGAAUAUGGACGUCAAGCAACAUAUUGUAGCUGUUCAAAAAGUGUACCAGGAGUGGGUUCUGUUAUCUGGUUCCAGGUUCCUGGAUUUACAGCUAGAGCAUGUAAACAACAUUCUUAGGUUCCUCAAAUCAGGAACCAGGACUUUAGGGGUUCAGAUCCGAUUAGUGGACUCUGUUGAGAGGUUGAGUGAUUACAAAUCUAAACUUUAUUACUCAACAGACGGACGAAAUGUUGAACUGGUAACACCUGUAUCCCAACCAAUCCUCUGGUUAAAGAACAACCCCAGAAUCCAAAUUGUUCCGGAAAAAGACUUUAAUGGUGAAGUCGUCUUCAAUAUAGUUCCCGUGGCUCUGGACUGGAUGAACAAAACAGUUUUUGGAAAACCGAAGAAAAUCCGCGUUCAGGUUUCCCCUGUCAAUGAUGUUCCUGUACCCCUGGACUCACCUGGAGAAGAUGUUCCUCUAGUUCCCUCUAAGCUUCCUCAGGACGGGUUUCUGGUCAGGGAUCUUGCAGGAUUAUACUAUUCUGAUGUUGAGAGUACAGAUCUUGGUAUUGGUAUAAUAUAUGCCCAAGAGAGCGACCUGGGAACAUGGCAGUACAAAUCAGAAGGUGGAGAGUGGACUGAUAUACUGAAUAUGACCUACUACCCAGUACCUACAGGGUUAAAACUACAACAAUCAUUUAGAGGUGUUGUUCCAGUGUCUAAGUAUAUAGAAAAGCUAGCCUGUUCUAAUCAAAAAGUGAACGUAUCUCUAACCGGUUCAGCGGAUGCUGGAUGUUGGUCCAGAAUAAAAUCCAAAAGUUGUGGUUUCAGAACAAGAGGAAUUUCAACCAUUCGCAGCUUUAAAGAGAGUAUUCAAGUUGAGAAGAAGAAAUUGUGUAGGAACAACAAUGGAACAUCUGACUGCAGUUCAGAUAUCCCAGAGAGUGUAGCAGAGGUGUCAGUAGAACUAGAGACCAGGAUUACCAGGAUACUCUUGCUCUCGAACCAAACCAGGAUAAGGUUCAAUCCUAAAGAUUCUCAAGGGUACUGGUCAACCUUCCAGGCUAUGGUUGAGACAAGACUUGUAUUUACUGCCUGGGAUGGCGAGGAAGGAGAGGAAGAAGAGUAUUUAGAUCAACAACUUCCAUUUUGCUGUCAGUGUAAAGAGAAUGGGUCCCUGGCUACUGAUUUCGCACUCUUCUAUAUUGAGAAAGCUGAUUGUACAGGAGGUCCUAUAGUUACUAAACCUAAGGAACUAGAUGAAUGUGGGGUAUGUGGAGGAAUUGGAACUUCGUGCAGGGAUUGUAACAACGUUCUGAAUGGAGGAAGUGUAUUUGACUGUGGAGUAUGUCAUGCAAGUGCAGAGGAAGCUAAAAGCAAAAGAGACUGUCUGGGAACUUGUGGAGGAAAUGUCAUAAUAAGUCCUAACUCUACCGGAGUAGCUGUAGAGGAUGUAUGUGUCCCUGUCGAGGUUCAGAGUUUUCUCAUGUGUGAUGGCGAGGUUAGAUCCGGAGCCUGGAUUAACCAGUGCGGAAUCUGUGUUGGAGGAACAACAGGCCGGGCAGCUCACGCAGGAUUGCAUGAAUGUGGUGGAUGUUCCUCUGCUAUUGGUGUCCGUGAAUGUGGUAAAUGUGGAGAGGAGAAGGAUGAUUGUGGAGUGUGCUCUAAACCUAACUCUUCAUCUAGAAACAGUUGUAAGAAGAAAUUCUGUGAUCUAAGUGAAACGAACCAUGAUAUCCUGCAAUCUACCUAUCUCUCAGUGCACCUGGAGAGCCAGGAGUUUCUAACCGAAAACUAUACAAACCCAAUCUGCUGGCUAGAUGCUGGGAAUGAGAAGUAUAGUAUCCCUGAUAUAUCUAUAAGAAGAGAUUAUUUACUGCUUGGGAAGGAUGACCCCCCUCUUGGAGUUUUCAGCAUUGUUUGCACUUUAGAAGCUGAAAACAAGUCUGAAACAUUCUAUUCCAAAUUGAAUCAGAAACUGCAGAUAUUUAAUUCCUUGUUAGUUCAGGUGGUUUCCGUAAACGCUAGUUAUGCUGAGGAUAGGAAACGACAGGUUUACCUGACCGUAAAGAAUAUACCCGAGGAUCUGAAACUACCUUCCAUCACAUGCUUCUUCAGGAAAAAGUUGGACCUAGAGGGAGGAUUGAUGGGAAAGGCAGUUUACAGGAAGGGCGUGGUUGACUGUGGGCGGUUCCUACCUAUGGGAGGCGGAGAGUAUAUGUUUGGAAUAACUCUACUCCCAUAUACCAAGGCGAUCACGGAUCUCCGUCUGUCUACAGGAGAGAGUGUGAUAAUCUCUCGUGGACCUGAACCUGUCUCCGCUGUAUUCUCAUCCAACCUGAAUUCUAUCCUGGUUAAAUUCAACAAGAAUAUUCAGGAAUCAAUAUUAGCACGAGCUGAUAUACCUAAGCAUCUGAUGACUAAACUCCAUGAGAAGGAUAAUAUUCCAAAAAUGGGAACUACAGAGUGGUUUGAUCUGCUGUAUCCUGAGAAGAAGGGAGAGCUGAAAGAUAUGUUGAUCAAGGUUGAAAACCAGAAGAACAAGGAGAAAAAGAAGUUAGAGAACCUUCCUGCAGAGCAGGGGAUAUCUCUGGAGGAGUUUGAAAGUUUUGAUCCAACUUCUGAGGACUUGAACACCAGUAGUACCGUGAUUAAUGGUCGGAAACCAUCGGCUAAUAAAACAUCCUCCUGGGCGGAGUCAGCUCGCGUAGAGAAGAGAAGAGCUCUGGUGAGAGAGGAAAACGAGAACACGGUUUCUAAACGUCCUCGCCGCUCCGCCGCUACAACUGCCGCUGGCCUUCUCUCUGAAAUGCUGGCGGAGGAGAGAUUAUGA